AUGUGGUAUGAAGUUGGACUCGAUGAUAAUGGUACUGAUGAAAUCGAUUAUUAUGAUAAGGAAGAGGAGGAUGAGAAGGAUGAGUAUGCCUUGUCUCUGAUUCCCCGAUUGCAGACGAGUGGUCUUGGCUCGAGUCUGUGCCGCGCUGAAGUCAAGCAAGAGUCUCGAGACGAACUGUGUCUGCAAGCAAGCUUGAACACAACCGAUCCCCGUGCCAACUGGCGUUUGGGUGCUCGGGUGCUCGGGUGUCCGUUCGUCUCGAGUCGCCAGUUGGCAGUUGGCAGUUGCUUUCCUGCCGGAAUGCACCAAUCAGCUUGUCGUCAAGGCAGCCCGCGCAAGACGGAGGAGCCGGACCGAGACAGGUUGCAUGUCAGGCCUGGCAGUAGCAAGACUGUCAGCACCAAAGUUGGCUGCGAAAUGGCGUCGAGACUUCGAAGAUGA